CCAGAACAUGAGGGAGUAACUCAACUGAGCUAACCUUCGGUUAAAUGUCCCAUCCAGUGGAUGCCAGAGUGCAGCUCUCCCUCCUUUGAGUGUUAGCGGUGGUUUCUGUGUUUAAAUGGGAUUGGGACGCGCGACUUUCUGCUUCAGUGCUGCCCAGUGAGGGAGCCGACUGACCCCCCGGCGCUCCUCCGGCAGGCCGCGCCUCCCCUCCUUUGACAACCGAGAGCUUCGACUGCAGCUGCAGAGGGAGGGAGGAGCCCCCCGACCUGGCGGGACGACAUCGGCGGCCUGGCACCAACCGAACUUUCCAGCGCUCCCCAGUUUGAAAGUUAAACAAACGGGCGCUUUGCGCGCGCGCGAGUCCGACCCCCGCGCGGGCGCGUGCCCGCGAGCGAGGCGCGCCCCCCCCCCGCCCGCUCGCCCACGUCCCCGAGCCGUCAACAGCCGCCUGGCAGAGCUGGACCCAGCUGCGGUGUGUCUGGCCUGGCGUGGCCCGGCGGGAAGGCUGUUCGCCGCACAGGAGUGAGGGGAGGCGGCCGCGGUGCGAUGGAGCACUGCACAAAGCGCAGGCUCACCAACGUCGCCAUCGGCUUACUCUUUCUCUUCAGCGGCAUCGAGUAUGCUGUAAUACUUCCAACAAUCUGGGCAUAUCUUCAGACACUUCAAGCUGAACCUUACUUUCUGGGUUUGGGAUUAUCUGCAUUCAGUUUUAGUGGGCUGAUUGCAGGCCCCAUUCUUGGUCAUAUAUCAGACAGAUCACGGAGGACAAAAGCAAUCAUAUUAUUUGCUAAUUUGUUUGAAAUUGCAGGCAAUUUUAUGUACUUCAUGGGAUAUUCAAAAUGGUUACUACUUGGUAGUCGGCUUGUAGCAGGCAUUGGGACUGGUGCUGGUGCAUGCAUUUUUGGAUAUCUUACUCGUUCUACCACAACGGAGGAACGGGCUACAGUAUUUGCAGUCGUUAUGGCUGCACGACAGGCUGGGUUGUUGGUUGGACCAGGAUUUAAUCUAUUCCUGAGACUUUGCAACUUCAACCUGGGGCCAUUUAAAGUCAAUAAAUACACUUCACCGGGGCUUUUCAUGUGUUUAAUGUGGAUUAUUCUUCAAGUGAUUAUUAUCUUUAUGUAUUAUGACCUUCCGUUGGUUCCCAAGCACAAUUCUAAAAGAAUAAUAGUUUCAACUGAAGAGGAGGAAGAACCAUUGAUUGAUGAUGUGAAUUAUGCAGCUGCAAAUAGCAAUCGGUAUGGUGCUACUAAUGAAAAUGAAAAAUUACAUUUUCCACCAACAAAUGAAGUAGAUGGUGAAAAUAGUACAGCAGAUGAAUAUCGAUAUAUUCCUAAUGGCCACAUUGAAGAUUAUAAAACAAGUAAUAAUCCAUUUCACAAUUUUAGCGCUGUUAAAGAAUAUCUACGUGAGGAAGUGGUGGUUGUCCUUACAGCACAAUUCAUUACUCUCUUCAAUCAGACUGCUUUAGAGACAAUGGUUACCCCAAUUACCCAGAAAUAUUUCAGCUUUGGAGAAUUGGAGAACAGUUUGAUGUACUGUAUAUGUGGUGUAGAGGUAAUAGUUGGAUUUUUUAUUGUGAGGUGGCUAAGCACUAAAUUUGCAGAUCGAGUAAUCCUGGCAGUGGGUCUUAUCAUAUGCAACAUUUCUUGUAUUUGGUGUUUAAUCUUCUUGGCAAACCCAAAAGGAAGUUUUGCCAUCUUGCUAUCAGAAUUUGUGGUAGGUGUGUUUCUCCAAAUUCUGGGGUUGCCUUUUGUUGCCGUAUCUCAAGUAUCUUUGUUUUCAAAAGUUACUGCAGAGAAAACACAAGGAUUCAGUCAAGGAUUACGCCGUUCAAUAGGUGGAAUUGCCACAAUAAUGGGCCCUAUGUGGGCAGGAGGAUUAAUUAACAAUCUUUAUAUAAUGUUAGGAGUCAUGAUGGGUCUUCUGACACUUCUAACUGUGAUGAUGGUAUUAUCAUUCAGCUAUUUGGUUGAACCUGCCCCAACACUGACAUCAUCUGUGAACAGGAGAAACAUGGAUGAUGAUUGAUUAAAGUAGUUAUGAAUUCUAGCAGGAGAGCACAAGAUCUCCGAUGUUGCUGUUGUGAAUCUUCAUGCACCACAUAAUAUGUGCAGCUGCUACCAUACUUAAUGUGAGCACUUGUUCAAUCAACUUUUUGUAUAUAUUGGUAACUGUAAAAAUGAAAAGAUGCUGUCAUAAAGUGAUCAGGUAAAUUGUAGAAAGGCAAUAUAGUAUGUGAGCAAAUUAAUGUAAUCCUGUUCACUUCAGGUCUUGUAAGGGUAUAUAUUUCUUAUAUUUCAAAUUACAGGCCAUGAUUUUGAGUACAUUUGUUUUGAAAUCGCUGUUAAAUUAAUUGCUUUUAAGAUAAAACCACAUUUUCUGUAUUCAUAUGUAAGUAUGCAUCAAUAAUGUUAUAAAACUAAAAAUAAAUGAGGAUAGACUUGUCAAUGUGAAACCAUAUACCUUUCAUAAAUGUAUUUAAUGAAGUAUGUUUUGUAUUGAAGUCUGGCAUGGCUGUGUUUUAAAAAAAAUCCUAAAAUAAAUAACUAAUUUUAUUCUGAUUUCAGUUCUCUUUGAGAAAACUAACA